CAAAAAUUCCAAACGUCACACUAAAAACUGUCGUUGAUUUGUGUGGCGGUGAAAAAAUUUUGUCAACUUCCAAAAAUUUUAUUAUUUAUCGUCUUCGUCCUUUCUUGUUUGUUUUGUUCUUUUUUUGGAAAUGAUUCAAUUAAAAUCAGUUUAUGUGACUGUGGGGACGACAAAGUUCGACGCUCUAAUUGAAAAGAUAUUUUCCGACGAAGUUCUACUGUUAUUGCAGCGGAGAGGUUGCAAGAAGAUUACCGUACAGUAUGGAACCGGUAAAGCUCCACCGGUAAACAGAGCCAAAAACUAUGGCAUAGCGGUAGAAAUAUAUCAAUUUAAAUUCGGACCAGAGCGGACAGAUAUAAUAAAUUCGGACCUGACAAUUGGGCACGCCGGCGCUGGAACUUGCAUGGACAUUUUGAAGAACAGAAAACCCGGCUUGGUGGUGGUCAACGACACUCUAAUGGAUAAUCAUCAAGUCGAGCUGGCCGAACAACUGGCCAAAGACAGCUAUAUAUUCCAAUGUAACUUAAGUAGCUUGGCAAAGAGUCUUGAAGUGCUGGACUUUGAAAUGUUGGUGCCAUACGAGAAAGGACGAGGAAUGCCAGCGUUCAUUUCACAUCUCAGAGAAAUGAUGAGAACGUGACUUGUUACUUUAUAAACAAAAAGAUUUAUAAAGGCAAAAAUAAUAAAAAUUGAAUCAAUUGACUAUUCCAA